GUUCCCAAACUGAUCGAUGAUUACGCUCCUUGGCAGAUAACAUUACCACUCUUGCUGGCAGUCAUAGGUGUGCGCAGAUACGCAAGGCGUGGUAGCACCAUGAGACAGCCGUUGCUUUGCAGCAUGCUGUUUAUACUGUUCUUUUUGUGUCCUAGAGUGUUUAGUAGUAACGCUGCUGAGUAUGGUGUGGGAUUCACUCUUGCCCUCGACUACGGUACAGCGAGCAUCUGGUAUGCCAAUGGUACAGCAGUCAAUGUUGUCAAGCUUGAGGGAGGACCUAUGUACAAGCAGGUUAUGCGCUCAGGGAGUGUUGAACCUUACUCGCCGACAUCCACUCCUGAACUGACUCGAGGACCGCUGGGUCUCAUGACUUUCCAGAACUAUUUACCAUCGUGGACUACUGCAGAACCUGCGGACCACGAUACCGAAGCCGUCAAACGGAUGCUCACAGGCUUGAAGGUAGUCACAGAAGCCUAUGUGGAAGAGCCCCUGACUGCUGUCCGGCUCAGCACUCCUUUUUCAGUUCAGUAUAAAAGUCCAUUCUGUAACACUCUGCAAACGACAGUCGAAACUUUGGGCCUAAGAUGUUUCGGCAUCGUGACCGCAUCGACCGACAUAACAGGGAUCUAUGGUCUACAAGGUCAAUGCGACAACGACCCCUACAAAACACCUGACCAGAAGGAAGAUGACCUGCCACGCCAGUACCUGGCACUCGACUACAGCCGGGCUGGCAUAUCAGCAUUUGUGGUAGAAGAAGAGUGCAGAGUUGAGUACACACAUCGAGAGUUGCACAACACUACUCUAGGAGCAACUGUCGAAUUUCCCAACAAACGCGAAGAUCUGACCCUUGCGCUGGAAGAUCUUGUCUCUCGACCUUUCGAUGCGUGGUACACCGCAUGGCAAGCGAAUGUCUCCGGACUGGUCUUGCUCGGCGAGUCUACAGAGGAUGCAAUGUUGCAAGAAGUCUUGUCAUAG